AUGCGUGUACAUGUUUUCGGAAAUUCACCAUCUCCUGCAGUUGCGACAUACGGUAUUCGUCAAGCUGUGUGUGGUCAUAACUCGGACAUUGAUUGUGAUGAUGUGUGUGACUACGUCAAGAAUAGCUUUUAUGUUGACGACGGGCUGGUUUCAAAGGCGCAUGAAAAUGAAUUGAUAAGUUAUAUCAAACGGACACAGGCAAGAUUACAAGACGGAGGUGUUAUUCGACUCCAUAAGAUAGUGUCGAACAGUACAGCUGUUUUAAGCAGUUUUCCACCAAGUGACUUAGCAAAGAACAUUACUGAAAUUGACUUUAGUUCGGAAACACCAUGUAUACAAAAAAGUUUGGGUCUGAGCUGGAAUGUAGUGAAAGAUGUAUUCUCAUUUCAGGUGUCUACAGAUAAGAAACCGUACACCAAAAGGGGUCUGCUGUCUACUAUAAAUGGAUUGUUCGAUCCCCUUGGUUAUGUAGCACCAGUUAUAUUAGGCGGUCGUCUUAUAAUGAGAAAGGCCAUCCAAGACAAUAAUCUGGGUUGGGAUGAUCCAUUUCCAGAAAACUUAAAGAGAGAAUGGACAGACUGGCAAAAAUCUCUUGUUCAUCUUGUGCAGCUGGAAAUACCACGUGCCUUUACAGAAAUGUCAUUUGAACAAAGUACAAAACACGAACUUCAUGUAUUUUCAGAUGCAUCCAAGGAGGCCAUCGCCGCAGCGGUCUAUAUUCGUAUAUAUGAAUCAACCGGAAAUUCUCACAUUGGUUUUGUACUUGGAAAAUCUCGGUUAGCUCCUACCCACGGACAUACAAUUCCAAGCUUAGAGUUAUGUGCUUCUGUAGUAGCUACAGAACUAGCUGCAUUUGUACAGAAAUAUUUAGACAUACCAUCUCGGUCAACAUAUUUCUACACAGAUAGCCAGGUAGUCUUAGGCUAUAUAAACAAUGAAUCACGUAGAUUUUAUGUGUAUGUGGCAAAUAGAGUUGAUAGAAUCUUAAAGUUGUCGUCGCGUAAACAAUGGAACUUUGUGCCUACUGAAAGAAACCCAGCAGAUCAUGGUACACGUCCAGUGAGUACAAUCAAUAUGAAGGACUGUAAAUGGUUGACAGGAAUAGAAUCUGGGUUGCAAAGAAAUAUUGAAAAUCAACAUGUACAGUUUAAACUAGUAGAGCCUGAAGAAGAUGUAGAAGUUCGUCCAGUAGUAAAAGUGAACAAGAUAGAAGUGAGAAAGGCGAAUCUUGGUGGACAUCGUUUCGAGCGUUUUUCAUCCUGGAAUAGACUGGUUCUAGCAAUUUCGUGUUUGAAAAGAAUUGCAAGUAAAUAUCAUAAAACUGUACAGGAUGAUACAAGAAACAAUGUAGAAUUCAAGAAAGCUGCAGAGAUUAUGAUUCUAAAAGAAGCUCAAAGGGAAUCCUAUUCUAGAGAAAUAGAUUUAUUAAAAACUGACAGAUCAGUUGCUAGAGACAGUAGUUUAGUGAAGCUCUCACCUGUUUUAGACUCCAAUGACUUGUUAAGGGUUGGUGGUAGAAUAAGAAAUGCCAGGUUAGACACAGGGGAGAAAACUCCUAUAAUAAUACCAGGAAAGCAUCAUAUCGCAAUGAUUCUAGUUAGACACUUUCACCAGCUGAUAUCUCAUCAGGGUCGUCAUCUGACUGAAGAAGCAGUACGUUCAGCUGGAUAUUGGAUUACAGGUGGAAAAUGA